CCCCUCCCCCGCUGAUGGAGUCCGAGAUGCUGCAGUCCCCUCUCCUGGGACUCGGGGAGGAAGACGAGGCCGACCUUACGGACUGGAACCUGCCUUUGGCUUUUAUGAAAAAGAGGCACUGUGAGAAAAUCGAAGGCUCCAAGUCCUUAGCGCAGAGCUGGAGGAUGAAGGACCGGAUGAAGACGGUCAGUGUGGCCUUAGUUUUAUGCCUGAAUGUCGGCGUGGACCCUCCGGAUGUGGUGAAGACGACCCCCUGUGCGCGUUUGGAGUGCUGGAUCGAUCCUCUGUCGAUGGGGCCUCAGAAAGCUCUGGAAACCAUCGGUGCAAAUUUGCAGAAGCAGUACGAGAACUGGCAGCCACGGGCCCGGUACAAGCAGAGCCUCGACCCGACCGUGGAUGAAGUGAAGAAGCUGUGCACGUCCUUACGCCGAAACGCCAAGGAGGAGCGUGUCCUCUUCCACUACAACGGCCACGGGGUGCCCAGGCCCACCGUGAACGGGGAGAUCUGGGUCUUCAACAAGAACUACACGCAGUACAUCCCGCUGUCUGUGUAUGACCUGCAGACGUGGAUGGGCAGCCCGUCCAUAUUCGUCUACGACUGCUCCAACGCCGGCUUGAUCGUCAAGUCUUUCAAGCAGUUUGCCCUGCAGAGGGAGCAGGAGCUGGAGGUCGCUGCCAUCAACCCCAACCACCCGCUCGCACAGAUGCCCUUGCCGCCGUCCAUGAAGAACUGCAUCCAGCUGGCGGCCUGUGAGGCCAACGAGCUCCUGCCCAUGAUCCCCGACCUCCCGGCCGACCUGUUCACGUCAUGCCUCACCACCCCCAUCAAAAUCGCCCUGCGCUGGUUUUGCAUGCAGAAAUGCGUGAGCCUGGUGCCUGGGGUCACACUGGAUUUAAUAGAAAAGAUUCCCGGCCGGCUGAACGACCGGAGGACGCCCCUGGGAGAACUGAACUGGAUCUUCACAGCCAUCACGGACACCAUCGCGUGGAAUGUGCUCCCUCGGGAUCUCUUCCAAAAGCUCUUCAGACAGGACCUGCUGGUGGCUAGUCUGUUUCGAAACUUUCUCCUGGCAGAAAGGAUCAUGAGGUCCUAUAACUGCACCCCGGUCAGCAGCCCACGCCUGCCCCCCACUUACAUGCACGCCAUGUGGCAAGCCUGGGACCUCGCCGUCGACAUCUGCCUCUCACAGCUACCCACCAUCAUUGAGGAAGGCACCGCAUUUCGGCACAGUCCGUUCUUCGCGGAGCAGCUGACUGCCUUCCAGGUGUGGCUCACGAUGGGCGUGGAGAACCGGAGCCCGCCCGAGCAGCUUCCCAUCGUCCUGCAGGUGCUGCUGAGCCAGGUGCACCGGCUGAGAGCCCUGGACCUGCUGGGACGCUUCCUGGACCUGGGACCCUGGGCGGUGAGCCUGGCUUUGUCCGUGGGCAUCUUCCCGUACGUGCUGAAACUGCUCCAGAGCUCAGCCAGAGAGCUGCGGCCCCUUCUGGUGUUCAUCUGGGCCAAGAUCCUUGCCGUGGACAGUUCGUGCCAAGCUGACCUGGUGAAGGACAACGGUCACAAAUAUUUCCUGUCGGUCUUGGCAGACCCUUACAUGCCAGCCGAACACCGGACCAUGACAGCCUUCAUCCUCGCCGUGAUCGUCAACAGCUACAACACGGGGCAGGAAGCCUGCCUCCAGGGAAACUUGAUCGCCAUCUGCCUGGAGCAGCUCAACGACCCCCACCCCCUGCUGCGCCAGUGGGUGGCCAUCUGCCUGGGCCGCAUCUGGCAGAACUUUGACUCGGCCAGGUGGUGCGGCGUGAGGGACAGCGCACACGAGAAGCUCUGCAGCCUCCUCUCGGACCCCAUCCCUGAGGUGCGCUGUGCGGCCGUCUUCGCCCUUGGCACAUUCGUGGGUAACUCUGCAGAGAGGACUGACCACUCAACCACCAUCGACCACAACGUGGCCAUGAUGCUGGCCCAGCUGAUCAACGACGGAAGCCCCGUGGUCCGCAAGGAGCUGGUGGUGGCCCUGAGUCAUCUUGUCGUUCAGUACGAAAGCAAUUUCUGCACGGUGGCCUUGCAGUUCAUGGAGGAGGAGAAGAACUACCCCCUUCCUUCUCCGGCGACCACAGAGGGUGGGAGUCUGACCCCAGUGCGGGACAGCCCGUGCACCCCCAGACUCCGCUCCGUGAGUUCCUAUGGAAACAUUCGAGCCGUCACCACUGCCAGGAGCUUGAACAAAUCUUUGCAGAACCUGAGCUUGACAGAGGAAUCGGGCAGCUCGGUGGCGUUCUCCCCCGGAAACCUCAGCACGAGCAGCAGCGCCAGCAGCACUCUGGGCAGCCCCGAGAGCGAGGAGUACAUCCUGUCCUUCGAGACCAUCGACAAGAUGCGCCGCGUCAGUUCCUACUCCGCGCUCAACUCCCUCAUCGGUGUUUCCUUCAACAGUGUUUACACUCAGAUUUGGAGAGUCUUAUUGCAUCUGGCUGCAGAUCCCUAUCCAGAUGUUUCCGACUUGGCCAUGAAGGUGCUCAACAGCAUCGCCUACAAGGCCACAGCAAACGCACGGCCGCAGCGGGUCCUGACCACAUCCUCACUCACCCAGUCGGCCCCCGCCAGCCCCACCAACAAGGGCAUCCACAUCCACCAGGCGGGGGGCUCCCCACCGACAUCCAGCGCCAGUAGCUCCAGUCUGACCAAUGACGUGACCAAGCAGCCAGUUGGCCGAGACCUGCCCGCGGGCCGCCCCGGUGGCCCAGGCGCUGCGGGGGUGCAGUACACGCCACACUCCCAGCAGUUUCCCCGCACACGGAAGAUGUUCGACAAGGGCCCAGACCAGACCACCGACGACGCAGACGACGCUGCGGGGCACAGGAGCCUCAUCUCGGCCACGGUGCAGACCGGCUUCUGCGACUGGAGCGCCCGGUAUUUCGCCCAGCCUGUCAUGAAGAUCCCGGAGGAGCACGACCUGGAGAGUCAGGUCCGCAAGGAGCGUGAGUGGCGGUUUCUCCGCAACACGCGGGUCAGACAGCAGGCGCGGCAGCUCAUCCAGAAGGGUAUUGCAAAACUGGACGACCAGAUCUUUCUGAACAGGAACCCCGGCGUCCCCUCCGUGGUCAAGUUCCACCCCUUUACGCCGUGUGUGGCCGUGGCUGACAAAGACAGCAUCUGUUUCUGGGACUGGGAGAAAGGGGAGAAGCUGGACUACUUCCACAACGGGAACCCUCGGUACACCAGGGUCACGGCCAUGGAGUACCUGAACGGCCAGGACUGCUCGCUGCUGCUCACGGCCACGGAUGACGGCGCCAUCAGAGUGUGGAAGAACUUCGCGGAUUUGGAGAAGAACCCAGAGAUGGUGACUGCUUGGCAGGGGCUCUCAGACAUGUUGCCGACAACCAGAGGAGCCGGGAUGGUGGUGGACUGGGAGCAGGAGACCGGCCUCCUCAUGAGCUCAGGGGACGUACGGAUCGUCCGGAUCUGGGACACGGACCGGGAGAUGAAGGUGCAGGACAUCCCCACGGGCGCUGACAGCUGCGUGACAAGCCUGUCCUGUGACUCCCACCGCUCUCUCAUCGUGGCUGGCCUCGGCGAUGGCUCCAUCCGCGUCUAUGACCGGAGGAUGGCACUCAGCGAAUGCCGCGUCAUGACAUACCGGGAGCACACGGCCUGGGUGGUGAAAGCCUACCUCCAGAAGCACCCCGAGGGCCACAUCAUGAGUGUGAGCGUCAACGGGGACGUACGCUUCUUCGACCCUCGGAUGCCCGAGUCUGUGAAUGUCCUUCAGAUCGUGAAGGGGCUCACGGCCCUCGACAUCCACCCCCAAGCAAACCUGAUCGCCUGCGGCUCCAUGAACCAGUUCACGGCGGUCUACAGCGGGAGCGGGGAGCUGGUCAGCCACAUCAAGUACUACGACGGCUUCAUGGGCCAGCGCGUCGGCGCCAUCAGCUGUCUGGCCUUCCACCCGCACUGGCCUCACCUGGCCGUGGGCAGCAAUGACUACUACAUCUCCGUGUACUCGGUGGAGAAGCGCGUCAGAUAGCGGGUGCCCGCCCCGCCAGGCCUCCGUGUACAUAGUGGACCCGCCGCGCCGCCCUGAACACUGGUCCUGACCUGCUGCUGAGGGCUCCAGGAGGCCCCUCACUGUCUGUCCGUCCGUCUGUGGUCACUGUCACGCCCAGGAGCCCAGGGAAGGGGCCUCUGGUGGAGUCCUGCCGUGUGACAGCCCAAGGAUGGUCACAGACAUCCCAGCACCCUUUCCGUCCUGUUUUGCUUCUGAGAUUUUUAAAGAGGGAGACACACUCGUUCUAUUUUGCGAGGGACCCGAGCAUUGGCUCCACAAAAACUCCGAGACAGAAGCCAGCUCCCCAGGGCUUGGCCACCCUGGCAGACGGGGGAGCGCUCGCGCUCAGCAUGGGUCUCUGGGCCGCUGCCUGGCCAUGCGCCGGCCUGGGCCGCCUCCCCCUGGCUGCAAGCUAGCCGGAGCUGUUUUCCGCGCACGCGCUCCUGGGGGCAUUUCCAAGCACCCUGGGAGGCGGGGGCAUUCGAGAGACAGAGCCGGCACGCGGACGAGGAGACAGCCCAAGGCCCCUCGCCAACUGCCAGUCCUUGCCCCACUAGGGGCCUUCGUGGCCAGAUGGUGUGAGGACUGGCAGUGCCCCUCCGCCACGCAGCCCACUGUCCCGGCACAGGCCCUCCUCCUCACAGACCCGCUAGCAGAAGGGGCCUGUGGCUUUGGAUGGGUGAGGCAGGCCGGUGGCCAUUCAGCCACCGUCUUGGGCCACUGGCCCCGCUUUUCUUGAGUGCUGCUGUUCCCCAGGCAGGUGCGGUGACAGCCACCAGGCCUGUGGCCUCCCACACGGGUGUACACGCAUGUGCAGAGCCCAUGGUUUGCACACCCGAGCCCACACACGAGUGCACACUUGUGCGGUCCUGAGGCCUCCCACCCGCACGGGCGUCACACACGUGCACGGUGCAAGGGCAUCUGUGGGUCAGUAGUGGCCCGUCUGCGCCGCCACUCGCCGGUGUCUUGCAGUGAGUAAUGCAGAGAAGGUUCCUGGUGACUGCUUUGGCGUGGGUCAGGGCGUCUGUGCCUGUCUGCACACAGG